AUGCUGCGCUCUAAGAGACCAAAGGAACCCAACCCCCUCAAGAUAAUUAUCUUUGGUGAGGAGCUUGUCGGCAAGACAUGUUUUAUUGACAUGCUGCAGUUCCUCGAAGGCAAGCACUUUAUCAGUCAUGGUCCCGUCGACUCCGAACCACUUUCAAGAACCAUCUCGUAUGCAAACGAGACCUGGAGCUUUUCUUUCAUAGAUUUGAACCUCAACAGCGACAUCUCUCCCAGAUACCGCGAAGUCUUGAAUACUUAUAUAGCCAGCGCGGAUGGGGUUGUUCUGUUAUACGAUGUUACGUCUCUGUUUUCCUUUGAUCACCUUAUCCAACACACGUAUCUGCAGAUCUGGCAGUGUCGCAACACCGUCUUCUUCAAGGAUGGCGCAGAAGGGAGGAUGCAAGGAUUAAAGAAGAGGUUCGGGUGCGUGGUAGUCGGUAAUAAGAAGGACAUCAUUGACAGGGACGAAGGGAAGAGGCAAGUGAAGAAGGAAAUGGCAGACCAGUGGGCUUCGAGCCAGGGUUUCCGUCAUAUCGAAAUCAGUUCAAAUGAAAGGAAAGAGGUUGAGGAUGCUGUACAGGCCCUGGUGGAUAGUAUGCAGAGGGCACGGAGAAUGGAUGCGAGAGAUAUUAGAGACAGCAAGAGCGACGUGAAGGGGUGGAGCAAGAAGAUUGGGAAACAUGUCAUCAAUGGGUAG